AUGGCCAUCGGCAUUGCUAUCAUCGGCAGUGGCAUCUUCGCCAAGGAAGAACACUUGCCCGCUAUCCAAGAUACUCCAUCAUUGAGUCUGAAAGCAGUUUACUCGCGGUCACUCAAAUCGGCAAAAAUCCUGUCCGAGAAGCUGUCUGACGUGGAGCUCUACAGCGAUGACCAAGAUGGCAAGAAAUUCGAAGAUUUACUGAAGAGGGACGAUGUAAAAGGGGUAGUUAUCGCACUACCAAUCCUGGCCCAACCAGACUACAUCAAGAAAGCCCUCGCCGCAGGAAAACAUGUGUUCGCAGAGAAGCCUAUAGCGAAGGACGUAGCCACUGCUCAAGAUUUACUUGCAUGGACCCAAAACUCUUCUAAUACCUCUGCGACCUACACCGUGGCAGAAAACUUCCGAUUCAUCGACUCCUACGUCUGGGGUUCAGAGCAGGUUGCGUCUCUGGGCCGUAUUCUUACCUUCCGCGUGCGUGUUGCGGCUAUGGUACAGGCAGGUAGCAAGUACUAUGAGACAGAGUGGCGUAAGAAGCCGGACUACCAAGGCGGUUUCGUGCUCGACGGCGGCGUGCAUUUCGUAGCUGCCACUCGUCUUCUGCUCCAAGGUGGUAAACAGAAGAUCAAGAGGGUCAGCGCAUUCACAGCACAGCUUCAGGAACAUCUUCCACCAAUUGACACUCUCAAUGCCACUAUGCAGCUCGACAAUGGCUCGUCUGGUACCCUGUCUAUCUCUUUUGGCACGACCGAUACAGGCUCUGAAUAUCUCGUUGCAUGCGAAAAGGGCUCAGUACACUGUGCUCGUGGCAAAGUCACAAUCACCAAAGACGGGAAGGAUCCGGAGACAAGAGAUUUCCCAGACGAAGGCAAUGGCGUGAACCAGGAAAUCAAGGCAUGGGCGAAGAGCCUGGAACAAGGAAAGAGGAACGAGAUGCAGAGUCCUGAGGAGGCAUUGAAAGAUCUGGAGAUUCUUGAGAGUUGUUUGAAGAGUGGAGAACAGGGCGGUAAGCCAAUCGAUGUCAAACAGUAG